AUGUCUUGGCUGCCAACUUGCAAUACAGACGACAGACCUACACCAACCUUAUUAGCAUCUUUGCAAACAUUUUUGGCAGAUCAACGUAUGACCAAUUUAAUCGCAAUAUUCUCCAACUUCUACACAGAACACAAUUUUUACCGAUAUCAUCCAUUUCCAAGCGGUCAUUGGGCACUAGAGUUUUUAGAUAAAACAGAUCGCUACUUUCUGUGCCACUACGCCAAUAUGCAGGGGACAACCUUCAAGACUUUAUCGAUUCAAAUUGCGCCACUCGCCAUCAUUUAUGAAGACGCUGCAUGUAAACAGCGUUUGAGCGGUUAUGUUGGUUACCUGAUGAUUGCCUUUGCGAAAAAGUACAAUUUCACAUGGCAAUAUAUACACCCAGUCAUCCAGGGUAACAAUUUGUCUAUAAACGAUUUAGGGACGUAUGUUUUGGAAGGUAAAUUGGACUUUGCAAUUACCCUGAGUCCAGCUUCCUAUAGACCGGAGGAACGCUACCCUUAUAUGUCGUAUACCGCGAAAUACAUGGAUUGGUUUAUUGCCUUGCCAUGUCCGCAGCCAAUUGCAUACUCAGAAAUAUACACGGUGAUUGUCACAACUCAAGUUAUUGGCAUUUUAAUGAUUCUGGAUUUGCUCUUCUCCAUGCUGGAAACCUUUAUGAAGCAUACAUUCUAUAAACGUUCAGCUGAGUUCAAUUUGGCCAAUAUUUUGAUUAAUGUAAAUAUUAUGCGUGGCAUUUUCGGACUCUCUUUUUUAAUAAGGCGUCGUCCAAUACUAUCCUUGAAGAUGCUUUACAUUUGGCUGUUUCUACUUGGUCUGUUUGUUAACAACAUGUACUCAGCUUACUUUCAAACUUUGUUCACAAGUCCGCCACUUGAGCAAAAGAUACUCUCAUUCGAUGAUAUGCGACGGGCAAACUUAAAAGUCAUCGUAUUCCAGGAUUUUUUGCAGCUGGAAGAUGGUGAAACAUAUGCUCGCCAUCGAUCGGCAUUUGACACAACAUAUGCAUAUUCUAUGCCUGAAAUUCUUUGGCCUAUUUUCGAACUGCAGCAGCAAACGUUUCAACGUAAGAUAUUUUGUUUGGCUCCACCUUUAAAAUUCUUCGAUCAUUUAUUGCUGAGCAUACCCUUGGCGGAGAAUUCGCAUUUGACGGAGCCGUUGAAUUCGCUGAUCAUGCGUACAAUGGAAACUGGCCUGCUAGACCACUGGCACACAAUGACGUUCGUGAAUUUGUGGGCAACAGGCAAGCUGUCGCUGAAGGACAAUAGCAGCAUCGAACAGUUUCAUAAUAUUCGAGUGGAAGAUUUUAAGUUUCCAUGGUAUUUACUGUUCUGUGGAUUGGGCGUGAGUAGUUUGGGUUUACUUAUGGAAAUUUGUGUGCACAAAUUGAAGAUGAGGACAAGAUGUAAUCAUGGAAAAGGAAAAAUUAUAUUUAAGUUGAGACAAAUCUAA